AUGUCAUUUGAAGUCGGGGCACGGGUUGAGACCGCUGCCACCGGCAAAGGAACUGUAGCAUUCUGCGGCACGACGAAAUUCGCGGAAGGUGAAUGGGUUGGCAUUAUUCUCGAUGAAGCGAAAGGAAAGAACAAUGGGAGUGUGCAAGGCGUCGCGUAUUUCGAAUGCGAGCCGAACUUUGGGCUUUUUGUCAGGCCCAAUCAGUUGAAACUUGAAGGAGCCGCCGCUCCAAAAAAAUCUACGGGAAUCCGGCCGCCAUCAUCAGCAAUGAGCCGGUCUGGAAGCGCAAAACCGUCACCAGGGGCAAGUCCAGGAAUUUCGCCAGCCGUUUCCACUGAUCAACUAGCAUCAAGGCAAACUGGAAUGGGAGCUCGAACCAAAUCGAAAUUGGCUGAUCCCAGCGAGUCGCGAAUGGUCCGUGAGUCUUCCAAUUUGUCCGUGUCGUCUGUCGCUUCUACUCGUACUGGUGUGGCAAAGCCUAGGCAGUCCAUUGCUCCGGAAGCGAAUCGAAGAACAUCAAUGGCUCCUCCGCGAAAAUCGUCGGCAGCCGUUUCGACGACAGCAAUGAAAGCUCCAGCUCCACCGAAGGCAGAAGCUGAUCCAGUAGCUCCGCAACAAGCAAUGACGGCAUCUGGAACCGAGUUGCCUACGGAAAGUGUGCUCUCAAAGGCGAAAAAAAUCGAUGACACCGGCGCCACUCCGAUGUCCCCAAUUGCUACAACAGCGGCAGCAGCUGCUGUCCAUCCACCUCAAACAGCGGCCACGGCAGAUCAUUCGACGGAACUCGAGUACUUGAGACUUCAAGUUAAAGAGCUCACCGAUAAGCUGGAGAAUACUCGAGCGAAGCGGCAAGAAGAUCACGCGAAACUUCUAGAAUAUGAGCGGAUUUCAAUUGAAUACAGAACCCUUCAAGAAGUCAAAGGUCGCUUAAAUGAUAAAGUCGUUGAUUUGGAGCGGCAACUUCUCGAGGAGCGAAAAGCCUGUGAAGACUUGAAAGCGUUCCACGAGAAUAACAAGGACGCCUAUUUGGAGCAGAAGGACAUGAUCGAAAUGGCGGUUAUCGAGAAGGAGCUCGCUGAGGAGAAGGCCGACUUCCUUCAGCAAGAAGUCACCUCGCUGACGGAGAAAAUGGAAGAAAUGCAAGCUGAAUUGGAGAUUUUGAAGGAAGAAAUGGCGUCGUCUGGAGGUGGAGUCCCAGUUGGCAACAGUGUCCAAAUGAAGCAAAUUCAGCAGCAGAAUGAGAAGCUCAGAGAUGCAUUGAUCAAACUGAGGGAUUUGAACGGACAAGCGACAUUGGAUAAGCAGAAGGCGCAAGAGGAAGCGGAGAAGUUGAGGAAUGAGAAUGUUGAGCUCGUGAGAGUCGCUGAGGUUCUCAAACGGCAGGCGGAGCUCGCCGAAUCGAAAAUAGCCGGAUUCCAAGAGCAGAUUGACGCCGCCAUGGGCGCUGAGGAAAUGGUCACGCAGUUGACAAAUAAGAAUUUCGAUUUGGAGGAGAAAAUUGCAAAGCUUGAAGAAGUCAUUGAGGAUUUGGAAGAGGCUCGCGAUUUGGAUGAGCAACUUGCCGAAGUUCAGAAGCAGCAGGAGAAGGAUCUGAUGAAGGAGAUUGAAGAUUUGAAGAUCACGAUUCAUGAGCUGAACGGACGGAUACGCGAUGAGCAGAAGCACUCGGUGGAGCUCUCGCAGACGAUUCUCAAGUUUAGAGAGCGAAUCGCCGCGCUGAACGCGCAAGUGCAGGAUCACAAGGAUUUGAUUUUGAACCUUGAGGAGGAGCUUCACGGUUAUAAACGCGAAGACUAUGAUCAAGCGUCGAUGUUGAGCCAACUUCAAAUCACGGCCCAUAAGAAUUUCGCGGAAGCUGUUGAGCGUCAACUUCUCGCCAUUGAGCUCGAGUUCACUCGCCGACAAGCUGGAUAUCUGAAAGCGUUCCUUCCCGACAAUUUCGCCAAAAUUGGUGGCGACAACGAGUCGGUGAAUAUGGUGGUGAUGUUUCCACGAUUAUCAUCAAAGGCGAAAUUGUUCGCCAAAUUGGCGAUGGAUUGUUACCCUCAAGUGUCCGGCGGAAUGCGAAGAGAGCAUGUGACGAAAUCGCAUAAAGCCGAACAAUGGGCGCAUGUGUUCCGUGUGGAUUACAUCGCGAAAUCGUUGAUCGCCGUUUUGGGACAAUUUGAAAGCGCUGUCAAUGAAACCACUGUCGAGGUGCUAAUGAAGCUCACAUCCAUGUAUGGUGAGAUGUCGACGCACGAGAGAGCUGUCGAUCAAUAUUUGGAAUUGUUAAAAAUUGCGCGAUUCGACGAGAACACGUCGCUGGAGAAUUUCGAGAAACCCGUGCUUUAUUUCCAGAAUGUCUUCUCGGUUCAUAUUGGUGGCGACGAUUUUAAUACGUCUCAAUGGGUCUCGAAUAUAUGCGCGGCGCUUUUGGCGGGAUUCGCGUAUUGCAAAGUGAAUGUGCAGCGGAUUGGCUACUUUUUGCAGGAAAGUGUGACCGGUGGAGAAGUUGUGACGCUUUUGAAAUCGAUGGGCGAUGAGAUUGCGGCGUGCGAGGCGGUUAUUGUGAAGGCGUCGAAGUUGAUUCCCAACGAUCCGAAGAAGGUGUUGAAGAUUGACAACGAGUUCACCGAGGAGUUGCUCAAUUCGGUUGCUCAAUUGGAUCGAAUCUCGUCGGUGCUUCGUGAGACGGGAAGCACGGGAGCGAUGCAGAUUGGCGGAAUUUCAGAAUCCGAGGGAUUCGAUGAGAAGAGGGUCAAGGAAAUGAUUCAUGGUGUCGUUGUGAAGCAUAAUGGUUGGAUUGCCGUUGAGAAUGCGUUUGAGCCGAUUCGCAAAAAUAUGAACUCGCUGAGAGACAGCUUGGAGAAGGUGCACAGCGCGCUGGAAACCGGCAGAAUGGAGAAGGCGGCGCCCGAGAAGAAGAACUUCCCGCCGCUUCUUGAUCGUGCUCAUCAUCGGAAGCAAGCGGCGUCGGAGGCGGAAGGUCUCCGUUGGCAAAUGGAGAAGAAGGAUAAUGAGAUGCUUGAGCUCAGGAAGCAGAUUAAAGCGCGUAUUGAGGAUGUUUCCAAUUACAAGCUUCGUCUGGAAAUGGUCGAGUCUCGAAUUCAUUCGACCGAUAAGGCAGAGAAUGAUAAGGUGAAGCAUCUUGAGGAGAAGCUUAAUCAAUUGGUUGCUGAUCAGAAGAGGCAACAGAUCGAGUAUGAUGAAACUAUGGAUGCGCUGAGAUUGGAGAUGAAGGAGAUUGAGAAGGAGAAUAUGGAGCUUAAGCAAAGAGCAAGCAAAAUCAGCAAGGAGGCGCUUUACAAUAGCAUUCAAUCAAUGGAAUCGAGGCCGCUUACGAAUCAUUCAUUGAAUGAGGACAACUCGGCGACGAGAGGAGAAGUGGUCUUUCUUGAGCAUCGCCUCAAUAAGCAGACUGAUGCUCGGAAGCGGGCUGAGCUUGAGGUUAUGAAGCUCAGGUCGGAACUUGCACAAACUGGACUGAAACGAUUUGGACCGGUGCCGGGCUUGAUUUCGGGUCCGAUAUCGUUGGAGGCUCAAUCGCGACUCGAUCACCUUCUCAAAUUGUUCGAUAAGCUUCAUGACGAAUGGUUGAGAUUGAAGAGGGAGGAGAACAAACACUUGGUGUAUGUGCCAUCGAAUCCGAAAGUGUCGACGGCGAAGAUGAUGGAAGAAAUGGAAGCGUUCAAUCGGAAUCGCGACGACUUCUAUGAUCGCCUGAACUCGGUGAAUCGGCAAAUGUCGCGAGUGUGGUUCGACGCGUUUGGCGAACAAUAUCCGCUGUCGAUGCCGGUCAAGACGUCGUGCAAAGACGAAUCGCCGGAGAGGCUCGCGCAAGUUGUUGCGAAUCUGGUGCAACAAGAAGAUCCGAUAUGCUAUUCGAUUUGCUUUGUGCCAAUAUUGACAACGAAUCGCGAGGCGUUGAUGGAGAGGAAGAGCGGCGAAAAUUUCAUCGAGACUCGAAACAUCUUGAUUGGCGCACUGGUCGUCGCACUAAUCAUUUUAAUGAUUGUCCUCGUCACGAUCAUCACAAUAACGAAGCACAAGGAGACGAGGGAGAUGGACGCCGAAACACCGCCGAAAACGCCGCCGGUGAAAAAGUCGACGGGUGGUGGUGGUGGCGGCGCGCCUCUCGUUGGCGACGAGGAGACGGCGAAAUCGUUCGAGCCGAGAAUGCGCGUUCGAGCCGCGCAAUUCAAUCCACAAAUUCGCGCCAAACAUCGCAAAUUCAUAAUUAAUCGAAGGAAACGCGAGAUUGAGGACGCGAGAUCGGACAAAUUCCAUAAAAGGGGAGCGAUUUUCAUUCCGCGCGAGAUCAAUGAUGAUGAUAUUGCCAAAAAAUGCGAGGAUCCGGAUAAUAUCAUUCUAGAAAAGGUGUUCUAUGAUGAGCGCAACAAUGAGCAAUUCGAUAUUGGCUCGGAAAUUGAUGAAGUUGAAUUGGCUCCUAGUACGGUAGUCACAUUGACGGAAGAUGCUAGAAGCAAAAUGAAGUCGGAGAGCCUGCCGAAGUCGGUUAUGAAGCAAAAGACCACUAAAACACAGGAAAUUGAAUCUGAAAGGAAAGGCUCCAAAUAA